AUGUUACAGACAUCCGAUAAUGGGACUUCAUACUACGACAAGUUCCCUGUACCCAUGUCGACCAUCUCGUUGUUUGAUACUGCGACAGGAAUGUGGGUCACUCGAAACACUACAGAAGGAAAUAUGACAUCUACUCGAUACUGGCACACGGCUGUAUCAAAUGAACAGGGAGCAGGAAAUGGCAAUGGAUCAGAUUCUGAACCGCUCUCCGGUGGUGCAAUUGCUGGUAUCAUCGUUGGCAUCAUUGCAGCUACUGCAAUCAUUGCAGGUGCUCUCUAUUUCCUAAAGUUACGAAAGCGACGACCACAUCAAGAUUUCAAAAACUACUCUAGCUCAAGAAACGACAUCAAAUCUACAGACGAUGUUCAACCACCAACGAACAUUACAUCACAGCUGUCAGGUAAUGCUGGCUUCCCUGUUGUCGGUACUACCGAAAAGGCUACUGGCGGCUCCUCCUCCUCCUCCUCUUAUUCCAUCAUGGGACCCCCUUCGUUUCCUUCGGCGCAACGUCCAAACUUUGAACUAGAAAGCACAAAGCCAGAUGGAUCGGAAGGGCAAGUUCCGCAUAGGACGCUGCAUUCAAUAAAGCCAGACGGAUCUAAAUAG